AGCUUUUGCUGACAAGACCAGACCCUCCAAACAGACAGGACUACACGGCUGGCCAACGAGAAACAACGCAAUCUUCUGGGAUGACUUGUUGAGGAACAUUCAUAUUGAACACCCGCUUAAACUCCACACAUCAUUGGCUACCCUUUUUGGCUUAUCAACUGUAUUGUCUCACUCAUCGUGAUUUUUGUGUGGUUUUUUCAGUUUUGACAAGGGUUUUCUGUACAGUUCCUUUUGCAGCAGUCCCGUUGCAGUUGUGAGUGUCCAAACAGAACUUCUUCUACAGAACUUUCCAGAUCUUUAGAGUAUCAUCAGUUGUUUUGGAACGUUCAAGACUAUCUGGAGUCUAAAUCCCAUUUUCCUUUGGUAUCUCUGACCACAUUGUAAAAAGCCGUUUUCAAAGCCCGUUGUACUACUGGACCUCUUUUUGCUAUGGCAAACCGUUUUGUCCUGCUCAAUGGUUUUGUGAUCAGUUGUAUUGGCUGGAUUGGAAUACUUAUUGCCACGGCGACCAACGACUGGGUAGUGACAUGCAAAUACGGCAUGAACACCUGCAAGAAGAUGGACGAAUUAGGAGCUAAGGGACUUUGGGCAGAGUGUGUCAUAUCAACCGCACUCUACCACUGUAUAUCUCUGACGCAGAUACUAGACCUACCAGCCUACAUCCAGACGUCAAGGGCGUUGAUGAUAACUGGGUCCCUCCUGGGGUUGCCUGCGGUGGGGAUGGUCCUUACAGCCAUGCCCUGUAUAUCUCUGGGAGACGAGCCUCAAUCAGCCAAGAACAAACGGUCUGUACUGGGAGGAGCCCUCAUCCUGCUAGUGGCUCUAUGUGGGGCGGUGUCGACAGUGUGGUUUCCUAUCGGAGCCCACCAGGAGCAGGGUCUCAUGUCGUUUGGUUUCAGCCUGUACGCCGGCUGGGUGGGGACGGCCUUCAGUCUCCUGGGAGGGGCCAUGAUCACCUGCUGUUCCAGUGAACCCUCCCAACACUACAAUAACCAUGACAACAACAGGUUCUACUACUCCAAAGGACAGGGGCCUGGAAACCCCGUACCACCAUCCUCUAACCAUGCCAAGAGUGCCCAUGUUUAGAUCACACACAUGCAAUCAUACACACAACACACACACACACCAGUGUUAUUUUAAUCGUAUUGGCGUCUCACCAGGUGCCUGAAGGGAAUCCAGGGGUCCUGAUCUGGAUAUACAUGCUCUGAUGAAGUACUUUGUUUUGUUUCUUUGUUCUACUAUGUAGGCUGUUGAUAGGAAGUGAUGAUUGAUCUAUCAGUGCAUUUUAUAUAUAUAUAAAUAUUUACCCUUUUUAAAUAAAGACAGUCGUGUGUUUAAUGUUUUUGAUGAUUAACAUACAAAAUAAUGAUCAUGAUGGGGGAACCUACCUGGGAUUCAACAGUGUUGUCAGUUUAUGUGGAUAUUUCUACGAUAUGAAAACAAACCAAUUAAGAAGUAAACCGACCCCUAAUCUCAAACAUCACUAAGUCAAUUUCUUCAGCCUGAUGGUACGUUUACUGUAGGGAUAGGCUCAGCCUAACAUGUAACCAAGCAAACUGAACUCAUUCCACAAAAUAAUGUUAUGUACUCACAUUUUUAAGAUAACAUUAUUAGUUUAAUGUCAUCAGUAUCUGUAGAUAAAUAACCUGUAAGGAGCUGUCGACGUUGUCACUUUUCUUUUUACUCCUACUGUUUUCAAAUGGCCCCCUAGGUUUUAUAGGCACUACACUCAGCCAAGGGCGUAGGAGGAAUGUGUACAAGCAGAUAUAUCAGGCAGGAAACCAACCAGCACCUGACCAGUAUAUGAAAGGUGGUUAGAUCACCUCCCUGAGCCAGCAAGGUGAAAAGAACGACUCAGGUCAUGGGGUCAGUCUAGAUAUGACUCAGGUCAUGGGGUCAGUCUAGAUAUGACUCAGGUCAGGGGGUCAGUCUAGAUAUGACUCAGGUCAUGGGGUCAGUCUAGAUAUGACUCAGGUCAUGGGGUCAGUCUAGAUAUGUCUCAGGUCAGGGGGUCAGUCUAGGCUGUCAUUACGGAUUGAUUUCAUUUGGGUUCUAGGCACCAAACUAACAAUUAUACUUUACUAAAAUACAGGACCAUUUUGGUAGCUUUUCAGCUAUAACAGGGCUAUUUUUUAUUAUUUAUUGUUUUACAUUUUGCUAUCCCUUUGUUUUUGUAUUUUGUAUCUUCUGUAUGGCAUUUUUUUUGUUGAAUUAAUUAAAAAUGUAUAUAUUAAAAAUAAAGUUG